AUGAAAACAAUUAGAUAAGGUGUCAAAUUUUCUUAAAAAUUAGCAAAAUUGAAAGAAAAUUAGGAGACUUUCGAUUACAAUUUGAUAGAUUUCUAGCAUCCAGAUUUUACUAAUUUAGAAUCAAAAUGUUUACCAGUUCAAGGCUUUACAUAAACUUUAAAGAGCGAAAUUUUGAAUUUAAAAUACCAUGCUGAAGUAUCAGGCAGAGUUAAUUUAGCAGCAAAUUAAAUUGGUAUCCCUAAAAGAUUUAUUGUAUUGGCUAAGCCAGAUUAUCUAUACAAGCGUGUAUGGGUUAAUGAUAAUUUAGAUAUUUAGCAUCUUCAUGCACUUGUAAAUCCUAGAAUUUUAGAUAAAGAUAAAUUUAUGGAAUACGAUUGGGAAUAAACAGCAUGUUUCCCCACUGUAAGAUUUAGAAGAUUAAGAUAUCAUCAUAUAUUAGUUUAGUAUUUAAAUGAACAAAUGGAAUAAGUAGAAGUAGAAAUGAAUGGUUGGGAAUCUAGACUAUUCUAGUAAAGUUUAGAUCAUCUUAAUGGCAUAAUACCAUUUGAUGAAGUUAAGAAUAUGCUAGACUUUGAGUUAUUACCCGAAUACAAUGAUGAAAAACUUAUAUUAGAUGAAUUUAAUGACUUUAAACUUUAUAGAUUAUUCGGUAAAGAGAAAUAAAUCCCUCUUACUGCAUAAAAAAAGGGAGGUAAUUAUGGUCCUUCUUCUAUUUCAGAAACUAUCAAUGAAUAGAAACAAGAUUAGCCAAAAAUAUUUUAAAAUAAAACCAAAAAGUAAAAGCCAUAAAGCAAAUGA